GACAACCAACGCCAUCACGUGACAUAUGUCAUAUUUACUUUGAGCGUUUUGGAAUUUUUGAUGGUGAAGUGCAAAAAUGGCGGACGACAAAGAUGUGGUGGAAAAAACGAUUGCGGAAGAUUUGGUGGUCACCAAAUAUAAAAUGGCAGGAGAAAUUGUCAACAAGGUCUUAAAACAAAUAAUAGAAAAAUGUCACCCUGGAGCCUCUGUUAAGGCAAUCUGUGAAGCUGGAGAUGAGCUUAUAAGUGAAGAAACUGGAAAAGUCUUCAAGAAAGAAAAGGAACUCAAGAAAGGCAUUGCCUUUCCCACUUGUGUUUCAGUGAACAACUGUGUUUGUCAUUUCUCUCCUGUACCCAGUGAACCUGACUAUAUACUGAAGGAGGGUGAUGUAGCUAAAAUUGACUUAGGAGCACAUAUUGAUGGCUUUAUUGCAGUGGUCGCACAUACUAUUGUUGUUGGGGCAAGUCCAGAUAAAAAGAUUACAGGUAGGAAAGCCGACGCUAUCUUGGCAGCGCACUAUGCCUCCCAGGCAGCCCUUAGAUUACUAAAACCCGGCAACGAAACUUACUCGAUCACAGAUGCAGUGCAAAAAGUGGCUGAGUCUUUCAAGUGCAAACCUGUUGAAGGAAUGCUCAGCCAUCAGCUGAAGCAAUUUAAAAUCGAUUGCGAAAAAACUAUCAUACAAAAUCCCAACGAUGCGCAGCGAAAGGAACACGAAAAAUUUGAGCUCGAAAAGCACGAAGUGUACGCCAUGGACGUUCUGAUUAGUACGGGAGAGGGUGUCGGUAAAGAAACUGAGGCAAGAGUGUCAAUAUAUAAAAAAACUGAUGAGCAGUACCAGUUAAAACUUAAGGCGUCGCGUAUGUUCUUUACAGAGGUGAGGACGAAACAUGGAAACAUGCCCUUCAACCUCAGGUACUUUGAAGAUGAAACUAAGGCGAAAAUGGGAGUGAAUGAAUGCGUGAAAAAUAAGCUAGUGGAACCUUUUCAAGUAUUGUUUGAAAAACCUGGUGAAAUUGUUGCGCAGUAUAAGUUCACUGUACUUCUCAUGCCCAACGGACCACACAGAAUAACUGGCUUGACCUUUGAGCCUGAACUCUACGAAUCUGAACACUCGAUUACCGAUCCCGAGCUUAAAUCCCUCCUUAACAGUUCUGCCAAUCCCAAGGCAGCCAAAAAGAAGAAGAAGAAGUCUGAGAGUGCAGCGGCAGCAGCAGAUCAGCCCCAACCGAUGGAAGUCGAGGCCGCAGCUUGAUCACAAGCAACCACAUACCGUCUUUUUUACCUGCUUUUUUUUCUAAUUCCAUUUCCCGUUUUUUAUCAGCGCACCCACUACUCCCCCUCUUUUUUAAAUCCCGAAAAAUGUUAUAUAUAUUUGUUAAAAAAAAAUUGUUUGGGGCCGUAUAUCGUUUAUGUUCAUUUUCACUCUCUAUGUAAAAAACUGCACUUAAAGUAUUAGACUUUAGAAGGAUGUAAUUAUUUUUUAUGUGUAUGCCCCAAUGUUUAUUAUUAGUUGUAAAGAAUUAAAUAUAAAAGUGCAUAUAUCGAAAGAUGGUCCCCGAAUCUAUUUAUCAAAAUCUUGAAUUUUAUAAAUAUGACUCUUCUGAGGUCAACUGUUAAGUUUUUACUUCAUAUGAUUUUUUGACUAAUACCUUGACCUUUUGAAAGAAAUAAAUCCUAUUAACAUAUUUUA